GGGGCUGCGGCCGCCGCUGCCCGGCCCCGCCGGGGCAGAGCCGAGCGGCCGGGGAGCGGCCGAGCCGAGCCAAACCAAACUAAACCGAGCCAAACCGAGCCGAGCCGGGUCGGGCCGUGCCGUGCCGCGCCACGCUCCCGGCCGCAGCGGUGGCGCCGGGCGGUUUGGCCCUGAGCGCGCUGCGCGGUGCGGGUGGCAGCAGCGAGAUGGAGCCCGAGGAGGGAGAGGAUCGCACCCCACUGCUGAAGGAGCCCCAGCCCGACACGGUCCCUGCAUGCUGCUCCGCUCGCUACAAUCUUGCAGUCCUGGCCUGUUUUGGGUUCUUCCUCCUGUAUGCAUUGCGUGUGAACCUCAGCGUUGCUCUGGUGAAUAUGGUAGAACCUGACACAAGCUCAGCAAAGAAUGUGACUUCCAAUGUGUGCCCAGAGCAUUCCUCCACCACAAAUGUUUCUCGCAACACUACGGGACAAAAGUAUUCUUGGGAUGCUGACACUCAGGGAUGGAUCCUUGGUUCUUUUUUCUAUGGCUAUAUUAUUACUCAGAUUCCAGGAGGAUAUCUUGCAAGCAGAAUUGGAGGCAAACUGUUGCUGGGGUUUGGCAUCUUUAGUACCUCUGUAUUCACCUUGCUUACUCCCUUAGCUGCAAAUUUGGGAGUAGGCUACCUCAUAGCUGUCAGAGCCUUGGAAGGACUGGGAGAGGGUGUUACCUUCCCAGCUAUGCAUUCAAUGUGGUCUUCUUGGGCUCCUCCACUGGAACGCAGCAAGCUCCUUAGUAUUUCAUAUGCAGGUGCACAGCUGGGAACUGUUGUGUCUCUGCCACUAUCUGGUUUAAUUUGUUACUACAUGAACUGGGUUUAUGUGUUCUACAUAUUUGGUGAGUUUGUGUUGUUUUGAUUUUUUUUAUUAUUAAAAGUACAAUCCAUAUUAUUUUUGAAAAGCAUAUCUUAUAAAACUUAUUUUAAGGAAGCCAUACUUUUUGAAUUACAACAUGUACUUUCUACACAGAAAUCUGUUCCCUGGAGACCUAUGCUGGGGUCCCUUCCGCUCUGGGCUAUUGUUGUGGCACACUUCUCUUACAACUGGACUUUCUAUACACUGCUUACACUCUUGCCCACAUACAUGAAGGAGAUCCUGCGAUUUGAUGCACAAGAGAAUGGAUUUUUGUCUGCCCUGCCUUAUUUUGGCUGCUGGUUAUGUAUAAUUUUGUCUGGCCAAAUUGCUGAUUAUUUACGGGAAAAACAGAACUUCUCCACUGUUUGUGUUCGCAAAUGUUUUACCCUCAUAGGGAUGAUUGGACCUGCGGUGUUCUUAGUAGCAGCCGGGUUCAUAGGCUGCAACUACGCACUGGCUGUUUCGUUCGUGACCAUAUCAACAACACUAGGAGGAUUUUGUACAUCAGGCUACAGCAUCAACCAUCUGGACAUAGCACCUUCGUAUGCUGGAAUUCUCCUUGGGAUCACAAAUUCUUUUGCUACUAUCCCAGGAAUGGUGGGGCCAGUUAUUGCCAAAAAUCUCACUCAUAAUAAUACUGUGGGAGAAUGGCAGAUGGUUUUCUAUAUUGCUGCCUCUAUUAAUCUAUUUGGAGCAAUUUUCUUUGCAUUAUUUGCAAGUGGAGAAGUUCAGGACUGGGCAGUCAGUGGAUAUCACUUGAAUUGAAACUGAAGGAGAUGUUGAAAUACCAAAGCUGUGCUGAGUCCCGUUGUGCUUAGAACUGUGUGACUGGAAAAGUGCCUUCCCUGCUGAUGCCUAGGAGUCUUCAGAGCUAUUCAGUUAAACUACUUUAUCUCUGCAUCUUUUGUACUGAAAAUAAUCUGGCAAAUUGUGUUCUAUUUCCUAACAAGAAACUACUUGGAUUAACUAUAGAAAUUUUAUACUAGAACUUGAUACCAAAUACAUGAUCAGAGACAUUUUAAAUCCAUGUGCUAGGCUCUAAUACUUUCCAGUUUUUAAUUAAUAUUUUCUGUAUUAGUGUGUAGGCAGAUGUUUACUGAUACUAAAAUGAGAGGAAAAAGUAAAGUGAUUUUUUAGCACUAUAAGGAGGAAUGACAUGCAAAGAAUUGUACCCAAAAAAGUGUUUUGAUUUCCAUUAUGAAACUGAUAGUUUUUUGAUGUUUAAAAAAUUGUAGAGCAACUCUAGUUUCAUACAAUCUUUUAUAGUGCUUUUUAUUUUGUCAUUGUUUUAACAAUGGCUAAAAAAUGCAUGUGAUUUACUUGUAAUUUAUGCACAAGUUCUGAAUAUAUAAACAUUCCCUGUUUCAUUAAUACAGUUUCACAGCAAAGAAGUAAAUGUAGCGUUGGAACUGAGAGAGUGAACCAGUGUCCUCUGUAGUGCAGGUUUUCAAAUAAGCCUUAUUUUUAUUUCUUUCUGCAAAGAAGAAGCAGUGCAGCUCAGUGGUUUAAAUCUAGGCAGUGUACAAGAGUAAACUAGAAGUAGAUUAUCUUCAUUAUUACCUUAAAAUAACUCUAAGUUUGGCAAUUAAUUUUUUUGUCCCUUUAAAUCAAUGCAGUGGAAUUCUUUCCUCUUGCAUGUAGAUGGGUUUGUCAUCUUGUUGGUGUAAAUGAAAUAAGGCCAGUGUAGCAAAUAAUGAGGAAAUCAGUUCUUAACAGCCUUGUUUGUUAGAUAAAAUUUGAGUAUAAAAGAACUAGUGCAAUAACCUGGUGCUGUUACUCUCCUAUCAAGAUAGAAUUUGACAUUUGAGCAUUCUUUGCACAGCACACACUUAAAUGCCACAUAGUAGGAUUAAAAGUAAAAAGCAGUACUCUUGUUAAGAACAAAUGGCUGAAUAAUGCUAGAGCCACAAAGCAAAGGAAAAUUCCUGUGCCAAAGAUUCCUGGAUUGGACCAAUUAGGUAAAAAGGAAAAAUCAUUGGGCUCUGGGUUUUUCAUUUAUCACCAGUCCAAAAGAAAACCCAGUACUAAAGUUGCUCCAGUGGAGCCUACCUUCCUUCAUUUCUAGGAAAUGGCAUCUGCCUCUUCUUUUUAGCUUUAAGAGCCAUUUUGAUUUGGCCUUCCUUGAAGUUUCAUGUUCUCUGAUGAUGGAUUUAAACUGUGUUUAAAUCUCUUUUUGUGUCUGCAGCAUUUCCACAAUAAAGAAUGUGUUGUUCAGAUUAAAUUAGUACUUAUUCAGUGGGAGUAUGUUAAAACUAUAUUGUGUCUUCAGCGUUUCUACAAUAAAUUGAUUGAAUAUUUACAUGUGCA